AAUUUUCAAGAUAAACUGUCCCACCUCCUUCAAUUCUAUCUCCCAACUCCACAGUCUUGUUCCUUCCUCUUCUUCAUUGUUCUUCUCUGCAACUAAAUUUGAUUAAUCAUGGCUCUUUGGAUCAAAGGGUCAAGAUCCAUAGCCAAUAAUCUCAUGAAGACGAGGAUUAUGGGUUUUUUUGGAGCUGUCAAUCAGAGUUGUUUUGGUGGUGACUCAUAUUCAUAUCUAUGCAGAAGCUCAGUCUCCUCCUUUUGUUUCAAUUCCUCCAGAACUGCAAACCAACUCGAUUCGCUUUAUGUUAGUGAUGAUGACAAUAACCAGGCUUUAGAUUUUCCUGGAGGCAAGGUUACAUUCAGCUCUCAAAUGCGGUUCAUUUCCGAAACUGGCGAAAACAGGGUACCCUGUUAUAGAGUUCUUGAUGACAAUGGAGAACCCAUAAUUGGCAGUAACUAUGAACAGCUUACAAAGGAAUUAGCAGUAAAGAUGUAUGGUAACAUGGUCACACUUCAAAUGAUGGACACUAUAUUUUAUGAAGCACAAAGACAGGGAAGGAUUUCUUUCUAUGUAACCUCACUCGGUGAAGAAGCAAUUAACAUUGCAUCGGCAGCUGCACUUACUCCUGAUGAUGUUGUCAUGCCUCAGUACCGAGAGCCUGGAGUUCUGCUAUGGCGAGGCUUCACGCUGCAAGAGUUUGCAAACCAGUGUUUUGGAAAUAAGGCUGAUUAUGGGAAAGGGAGGCAGAUGCCAAUCCAUUAUGGGUCUAACAAGCUCAACUACUUCACGGUGUCAUCGCCUAUUGCUACUCAACUUCCUCAAGCAGUUGGAGCUGCCUAUUCACUAAAAAUGGAUAAAAAGGAUGCAUGUGUAGUCACAUAUAUUGGGGACGGUGGUACGAGCGAGGGAGAUUUUCAUGCUGCUUUGAACUUUGCAGCUGUUAUGGAAGCCCCUGUAGUUUUCAUCUGCCGCAACAAUGGCUGGGCUAUCAGUACUCAUAUAUCGGAACAAUUCCGAAGUGAUGGCAUUGUUGUUAAAGGACAAGCAUACGGAAUUCGAAGCAUUCGUAUAGAUGGAAAUGAUGCACUUGCUGUCUAUUGUGCGAUUCACGCAGCUCGUGAAAUGGCUGUAAGUGAACAAAGACCAAUAUUAGUUGAGUGCCUAACAUAUAGAGUAGGACAUCACUCCACGUCCGAUGAUUCCACCAAAUAUCGACCAAUCGAAGAAAUCGAGUACUGGAAAUCAGCGCGUAACCCUGUAAAUAGAUAUAGAAAAUGGGUUGAGAGGAAUGGAUGGUGGAGCGACGAAGAAGAUCGCGAGCUCAGAAGCAACGUCAGGAAGGAGUUGUUGCAAGUGAUUCAACUCGCUGAGAAGACUGACAAACAUCCAGUUACAGAGUUAUUUGCUGAUGUGUAUGAUGCUCCACCAUUGAACCUUCAAGAACAAGAGAAACAACUCAGAGAGACCAUCACUAGACAUCCCAAAGACUACCCAUCUAGUGUUCCUGUAUAAAUAAUCUGGCUUAAAGAGUUGCAAGUAUAUGUACUUGCCCACAAAGUAUGACAUGUACAAUCUUGUCUUGUAUUGUAUAUAUGAUUGAAAUAACAAAUAUGAGCUCAAA